AUGGUCUUAGAGCUUUCAUUUUUGGAGGAUUCAGUUUUGAGCAGAACUGGGUGCAGUUUUAUUACUUUACACAACAAGAUUUUGUGUCAGGAAAUGGAUUUCGAAUCCCUAGGCAUCGAAGAUUUCAUUGAAAAUGACUCCCGAAUUUUUUGGUUGUAUGAUUCUCGGGUGGUCGUCGGAUUAGAUGUCUAUCCUUGGCAACAAGUAGAUAACGUGAAGGACGGAAAUAUCGUCACCCUUGAUCUUUCCAACCGUUGUAUUACAUCUUGUAGCCCUCUAGUCGAGACAUGUCAGCAAUGGCGAAACGCUACUUCUGCAGUCAUGAGGGGGAGUACCAUAAAUUCAGAGAGUUGGCCUUUUGCAGUCUUGGACAUUCUUUGCUGGUUUUGUCCGUUUCUUCGCCAGAUCGACAUAACAGGAUGUACAGGCUUCUCAAAGAGUUAUCUCACGAGUAAGAGUUGCCAACGCAGAAUUGAAAUAAUUGAUUAUUUGGAUCCUUCGUUUAUGGCCAGAUGUCCAGAUAGUGGCGAAGCGAUUAGAGAAAUGUUGGCGGAAAGAGCAAUUUCACCAUGCACAAGUUGUGAAGGUUGGUCCCUUUUGCACAGUGCUAUAUUUCUUGGCGACACGCAGCUGGUAAAACAGUUGCUUCAAUGUAUUCGCUAUGAGAAUAACAACACAGAGGAUGACUUAUUACUCCAAACGGCGCUAGAGUUAGCAACUUCUCUGCAUAAUCUGGAGAUAAUAAUGUUGUUAAGAAGUAUAAAUGUCGUUUACGAGGAUCCUUCCAUGCUAGUUCAACAUUGCUUUCUGAACCGACUUUGCUUUGAAAAUUUUGACCAUCCUGUGAUAAAAGCCGUGGUUUCUAGUGAAACAGCACUGCAGGGGGCGAAAAACGUACACGACUCGCAGCAAUGUAAUGUGUCUUCCGUACUGCUUGCAUUGUGUGAAGACGGUAGUGUGAACUUUAAAAGAAAAGUUUUUGAAGAAAUUCUUCGAAAAGUACACUCCUGCCUUAAGACAGAUUGUUGUUUGCUAUUUUCUUGCGUGGAUGAGAAAGCAAUUCGAGAAUUUUUGCAAAUUUUGAUGGAAGAAUCCGAGGGCUUUAGUAAUAUAAGAAUUGACGACUUUCCCUGCCUCAUGUACUCAUUGCCAAGUCUUUAUUUGAUUGAGCUUUUACUCAGUGAGGGAGCAAACAUUGACGACAGAGACAAUUUAGGGUGUACCGCUCUUUUUCACGCUGUGGAAAAGGCGUCAGUCACCCUCACGCCUCAUUGUUUUUUAUCAAGUUUUUGCUCGACAAGCAGGCAAAUCCACAUGUGA